CUGAGCUCAGUUUGGCGGCAAAACUCGGCAUUGACAGUUUAGUUUUUUUAAUUCAAUUUUUUUAUGACUUGCGUCUUGUGAGAAAUGAGUUUGGUUGUGUGAUUUUGAUGUGUUUUUUGUUAAAAAUUAAAAUGGUUGUGAAAUCGUGCUUUUUCCUGUGUCUACUUUCAUUAGGUUACAGCUCCGUGAUCAUCCCGGAGGAACUGCCCUCGCUACUAUCUGUGGCUUACUCCAACAUCCCACCAAUUAAGAAAGGAACGGACUCGCGAGUUGGGUUCGGUUUCGCAUUCGGCAACCAUGCUGACUUCCAGGUGAUGUUCGAGCUGGGCCCACAGACCAACACAGCGCCGCUAACUGGGCCGGCGGGCAGCAGCAAUGCGAAGCGGCAAGCGCCGACGCCUCCCAAGCUCACCAAAAACAGGGAAAAGCUCCUCCAAACCGAAGCUGGCAGCUACCUCCAAAACUGGGCAUCAGCCAUGCGGAGACCUGGAAGACCACCACUACAAGCAUCCACCGAGCUGCCAAGCCUUGAGGAUUCCGUGGUGGAACUGGUGAAGAACAGCAAGGGAGAGUACGAGAUACACCAGCCCAGGCCAGACCACAUACCGCUUGAGGUGAUGGACGAGCUGCAAAGACUAUACGGGCAGAAGAAAGAAGAAGCCAAGAAGAUGACGCAGAAAGCUAAAGAAAAGAAGAGAAGCGAUGCAGAAGUCAAGAAGAUCACAGAAGACUUGUCCAAUGUAGAUUUAGAUUAGUGUUGUAAAAGAAUUAGGAAGUUCUUCUUUCUACCAAGGACAGUUUAAACUACAGGCCGGCCCAAAAUUACGUUGACAUUGUUUCCGUAACUCAAAUGCAGUUUUUGUAAAAAUUUCAUUAUUGGUACAAGCUUUUAUCGCUGACUGUACUUUUCUUUCCACAGGCAACUAAUACUCAUCGAGACAAAUCUAAAAACCCCACACACAAUUAGAUUGCGUUGUUUUAUCAGUUCCUAUGGCUAUCUUCUGUCUCCAUCAUCAGAUCAGCUCGAUGGUACCAUAAUAUUGCAUAGUCACCCGGCUUAAUGUAUGCAAAUUUUUAGCUUCACCGGAAACCGGGAAGUGGGUCAAAUUUAACUUGCAAGAUUUGACCCGUACAAACAUACAUACUUACAAAGCUUGUAAAAAAAACGGAACCCUUAUACACUUUAUUGUCCGUCCGCCCGUCCGUCUGUCAAGACUCUUUUUCUCUGGAACGUUUGGAGAGUUUGAAAUUAAAACCAUAUACUAGUUGUAAAAAAAAUCUAACUUCUAAGUUAACGUCAAAAAAAAAUAUAUGGCCGGUUAUGCCGAACAAAACGUAUAUUUUGACACUCGCAAGAGAAUCAAAAUUCGUAUAUUCAUAUGGUAUGGUAUGGUACGUAAUUUUGACGGGACGUUAAGCUUACAGAAUAUUACAGAAUAAAUAAUAU